CUCUUACGAACACACAUACAUCAUGGAUCUAUUAGAUAUUUCGGAAAUUGAUGACGAGUUUUUACAGGCGUUUCUCGAGUCAAACGCCUUACCGGAAAAUUUAGUGCAUUUGAAUAGUGGUGAGUUAAAUUUGUGUAUACAGUCCGCUAAUCACGUUAAUAAUGAAGCUGAUAAAAUUCUUAGGGGAUUUGGAAUCGCGGCAUCUCCAAAUCAAUCAUUUUUACUUCAAGAUUUUGAUGAAAGUUUGUUUGACGGUUUCCCGCAAGUUGGCGCAGGUAUAGUCCAUAAUAAUAUCAACGCAGAUCGAGAUGAUGAUCAAGGACUUCAUGCUGCAUUAGGCGAGAAUAUUGUUGAGAAUGAAGAGGAAAUCGCAAAUGCUCAAAACGUAGACGUUGAAGAUGAUAGUCUUAAUCAGCAAAUAAUUUAAAUUUUCAACGGAGUCAAACGCCUCAACAGGUAUAGAGUAAAUAGUCAUGUUAUGAAGUUUCGGAUAGCUCCUGUACCGAUUGGAUCUAAUGCAGUACGGUAGACUAUAAAAGCCUUCCAGGAAGUGUAUGCUGAAAUAAUAGAGGCUGGAGGAGCUGGAAAUAACCGAUUCUGCUUGAGUUUUCGAUUUGAUGGAAUGCAGGGUAAUGAUGCUUAUCAAAGUAUGAGACCAAUAGCAGGAUACGAACUUGACCAGCUGUGGAAUUUAGUAAAUAAAAUUUCACAAAGUGCAGGAGAAUUUAAUGUCCCUAAUACGUUUCAAAUUAAAUUACACGUAGUUAAAGCAA